AUGGACCACAUCCUCUGUUGCCUGCUGGUCCUGGGAACCGCAGUGAUGAUGGCCCAUGCAUGCCCUAAGUACUGUGUCUGCCAGAACCUAUCCGAGUCCCUGGGGACCCUGUGCCCCUCCAAAGGCCUUCUCUUCGUCCCGUUGGACCUCGACCGGCGCACUGUGGAGCUCCGGCUGGGUGGCAACUACAUCCUCCGCAUCACCCAGCAGGACUUUGCCAACAUGACCGACCUGGUGGAUCUGACGCUCAGCCGCAACACCAUCAGCUACAUCCAGCCCUUCUCCUUCGGCGACCUGGAGACCCUGCGUUCCUUACACCUGGACAACAACCGCCUCAUGGAGCUGGGUCCAGAGGAUCUCAGGGGCCUGGUUAACCUGCAGCACCUCAUCGUCAACAACAACCAGCUGGGACGCAUCUCAGACAGGAGCUUCGAAGACCUGGCCCCCUCCCUGGAGGAUCUGGAUCUGUCCUACAACAACCUGAGGAGCCUGCCCUGGGACUCAGUCAAGCAGAUGGUCUCCCUCCACCAGUUGAGUCUUGAUCAUAACCUCCUGGACUUUAUCCCUGAGGGGACCUUUACUGAUCUAGAAAGGUUGGCUCGCCUGGAUCUCACCUCCAACCGGCUGCAGAAGCUUCCCCCAGACCCCAUCUUCGCCAGGGCACAGGAUUUGGUGCUGUUGACCACGCCCUACACCCCUCAGCUGUCCCUUAGCAUCGGGGGAAACCCCCUGCACUGUAACUGCGAGGUGCUGUGGCUGCGGCGGCUGGAGAGGGACGACGACCUGGAGACCUGCGCUUCCCCUCCCAGCCUGAAAGGGCGCUACUUCUGGUAUGUGAGUGAGGAGGAGUUUGUGUGUGAGGCGCCACUCAUCACUCAGCACACCCACAGGAUGCUGGUGCUAGAGGGCCAGACAGCCAGCCUGAGGUGCGAGGCUGUUGGAGACCCCACCCCUACCAUCCACUGGAUGGCCCCCGAUGACCGUCUCCUUGGCAACUCAUCCCGUACCGCUGUCUACCGCAACGGCACCCUGGAAAUCCUCAUUACCACCUCCAAGGACUACGGUACCUUCACCUGCAUCGCUGCUAACGUGGCUGGAGAGUCCACCGCCUCUGUGGAGCUGUCAAUCAUCCAGCUGCCCCACCUUAGCAACGGCACCAGUCAAGCCUCGCAGCCCAAGUCCCGCCUCUCAGACAUCACAGGCACCACCAGGAUCAGCAAGGGGGUUCCUAAGAGCCCGCCUGAGAAAAUGGUCACUGUGUCAGAGGUGACGGCCAUUUCAGCUCUGGUUAAGUGGACAGUCAGCAAGGCAGCGCCCAAGGUGAAAAUGUUUCAGCUCCAGUACAACUGUUCGGACGACGAAGUCCUCAUCUACAGGAUGAUCCCGGCCUCCAGCAAUGCCUUCCUGGUGACCAACCUGGUGUCGGGGACAAAGUACGACCUGUGUGUCUUGGCCGCCUGGGACGACACCGCCACCACCCUGACUGCCACCAACGUGGUGGGCUGUGCCCAGUUCUUCACCCGCGAUGACUACACCCAGUGCCAGUCUCUCCACAGCCAGUUCCUAGGGGGCACCAUGAUCCUGGUGGUGGGUGGCAUCAUCGUGGCGACGCUACUCGUCUUCAUCAUUAUCCUGAUGCUGCGCUACAAGGCCACCGACAAUGAGGGUGGUGGCACGGGGGGGAUCGGCAAGCUGACCAGCGUUAGUGCCACCCACUCACAGACCAAUGGGGGCCGGCUGGGACAGAAUGGCAUGCCCCUGCCCUUGCCCAAACCCAAGGCCAAAGUGACCAUCCAAGACGAGGUGGUGGAGUUUAAAUGCGGAUCCCUCCAGAGCAGCCUCACCUCCUCCUCUUCCUCGUCGGGUGGCUCGAUGGCCGGGGGUGGCUCUCACAGCCCCAACAGCACCCUGGCCAACAUGUGGAGGCAGGCGGCCCCCUCCAAGCCCCGGGCCAACCUGGACCACCUGCUGGGGGCCUUCAACUCCCUAGAGCUCCGGGCGGGCCAGGCCAGGGGUAGGGGAGACCUGGGGGAGCCAUCCUCCAGCAGUAGCACUCUAGUGGCGGGCGGCGAUAGGCCCCCCACAGACAGGGAGCCCCUGCUGGGCCACACAAUGGACUCACGGCUCUGCCGGGUGCUCAUGCUGCCUCUGGACUCCAAGCCAAAAAGAAGCCAGUCGUUUGACAUGGGGGACUGUAUGGAUACAAACCGGCAAACAGAGAAAGCGAUGGCCUCCAGCGCCUCCACGGCCACAACGCCGGUGUGCAGCUACCCCCGGCGCAUCAGCAGCAUCUGGACUAAGAGGAGCUUGUCUGUGAACGGCAUGCUGCUGCAGUGUGACGAGGAGGGGGAUAUGGGAGGGAGCAAGGGGACCUUCGAGAGCCAAGAGUGGGUCAUGGAGAGUACUGUCUAG